AUGGCUACAACACCAACCUACUUCAAGCUCAUAUUAAUUCUUGUUAGUGUUAUUAGCCCAUGUUUGACAUAUGGGCUUCGUAUAACAAAGGAAACCAAAGUUGAACUCAAUUUCGUUGAGAAUCAAUUCCAAACAAGAAAUGUGACUUUAUCUAAAGAUGAUGUGCCAAGUAAUAGCAACAUCAAUACAAAGAAUGGAGUUAGCAUAAGUAGUGGUGGUGGAGAUGGUAUUGGAGACAAUGUUGGUGGGGACGGUGGUGUUGGAGGUCAUCAUGGCCGUGAUGGUGAUGGAGGCUACGGACCAGGAAGGCAUAGUGGUGUUGGAGGAGGAGAAGAAGGUGGAUCCAGAAAAGGUAGUGGAGAAGGUAAAGGUGGAGGUGGAACCAAAAGGCAAGGCGAAGGAGGAGGAUGUGGUGGGAGUGGUAGUGGUCAAGGAGGAGGUAAAGGUGGAGGCGGUGGGAGUGGUCAUGGAGGUGGAUCCGGUCAAGGUGGAGGUGGAGGCAAAGGUGGGGGUGGAGGCGGUGAGAGUGGUCAUGGAGGUGGAUCUGGUCAAGGUGGAGGAGGAGGCAAAGGCAAGGGUGGAGGCGGUGGAAGUGGUCACGGAGGUGGAUCUGGUCAAGGAGGAGGAGGCAAAGGCGGAGGUGGAGGCGGUGGAAGUGGUCACGGAGGUGGAUCCGGUCAAGGUGGAGGAGGAGGCAAAGGCGGAGGUGGAGGCGGUGGAAGUGGUCACGGAGGUGGAUCCGGUCAAGGUGGAGGAGGAGGCAAAGGCGGGGGUGGAGGCGGUGAGAGUGGUCAUGGUGGUGGAGGAGGAGGCAAAGGCGGGGGUGGAGGCGGUGGGAGUGGUCAUGGAGGUGGAUCUGGUCAAGGUGGAGGAGGAGGCAAAGGCGAGGGUGGAGGCGGUGAGAGUGGUCAUGGUGGUGGAGGAGGAGGCAAAGGCGGGGGUGGAGGCAGUGGGAGUGGUCAUGGAGGUGAAGGAGGAGGCAAAGGUGGGGGUGGAGGCGGUGGGAGUGGUCAUGGAGGUGGAUCUGGUCAAGGCGGAGGAGGAGGCAAAGGCGGGGGUGGAGGCGGUGAGAGUGGUCAUGGAGGUGGAUCCGGUCAAGGUAGAGGAGGAGGCAAAGGCGAAAGUGGUCAUGAAGGUCCAAUGAUAAAUUUGUCAUCUUUAGCUUUACUUGAACUCACUACUCAAUAA